AAACACACAAACCAUUCAUUUCACACUCAUUGUAUUCUCUCUCUUUGUUUUUCCUCUCCUUUCUAAAUCUCAAAAUCUCUGCUCUACAAUCACAACUACUCAAUGAAAUUAAUUGUACUUCUUAAAUAACUCUAAUUAAUAUCCAUUCUUUUUCACAUCACUAUUACUAUCAUCACUAUUAUAUAUAUUUCUCAGUUUUUUCUUAUCCUUAAAAAUUCUCAUUUAGUUGUGCUAUUACAUAACCUAAUUAUAUAACUCAAGAUCAAGAAGAAAAAGAGUGUAGUACAUAUUGAAGACUAUAUGUAUUUAUAUAGAUAGAUAUAUAGAUAUAGAAAAAUAUAGUUGUGUUAGGAUGGAGCUAUUCCCAGCACAACCAGAUUUAUCAUUGCAAAUUAGUCUUCCAAACAGCAAACAAACAUCAAGUUGGAGGAGAAAUACAGAUGAUCAAGAAGAGUUGAAUGAUUUAGGAUUUUGGAAAAGAGCUUUGGAGUCCAAAACAGAUGCAAAUUACACCUUUGACCCUACCCUUUCUAAUCUAAGGGCACCUUCUUCUUCUUCUUCUUCUUCAAACCUCUACAAUCUCAUACCUAAUCCUUUUCAAAACACUAAUAAUUCCAACAACAACUCUUUUCAACCAUUUCAUCGAAAACAAAACAAUUACCAAAGCCUAAGUGAUGAGCUAGGGUUUCUUAAACCUAUAAGAGGAAUUCCAGUGUAUCAUCAAAACCCUAAUCCUCCUAUUGCUUUAUUUUCUCAACCACAACCACCUUUUGAUGCUUCUACUUCAAGUUCACCAGCAGCUUUUCAUCCACAUACUUCGAUGAGAUCGAAGUUGUUGCCGAGGUUUCCUUCAAAGCGUAGCGUCAGAGCUCCGAGGAUGCGUUGGACUACCACUCUUCAUAAUCGCUUUGUUCAUGCUGUUGAACUUUUAGGUGGCCAUGAAAGGGCUACACCCAAAUCAGUUCUUGAGCUGAUGGAUGUAAAGGAUCUAACCUUAUCACAUGUUAAAUCUCAUUUACAGAUGUACCGGACUGUGAAAAUUACAGAUAGACCACCAGCAUCAUCAGGUCAAUCUGAUAUGUAUGAUAAUGGUUCAUCUGGAGAAACUUCUGAAGACUUGAUGCUUGACAUAAACUCUUCAACAAGGUCUAAUGAUCUGCCAGUUAAGUUGGAUGCAGAAAUUACUAAUCAAGAUAAAGAAAAACAUAGUAUUUGGAGCAAUUCUUCAAGUAACAGGGAAGCUUGGUUGCAUGGUAAGCCAAAGGUCCAUCCUGUUGGAAAUGUGUCUUCUAUUGAGGAAAUGGAUCCAAAGUGUGUAAGCAACGAAAGAUAUUCAUCAGAUGGAAGCUCUUCCUCAAACAUUUCGGGAACAAGCUUAAAGAAUCCAAAUUUGGAAUUCACAUUAGGCAACUCAGUUUGAUGUCUCUCUUGUGACUGACUUAUAAUAAGCACUAAUCAUUUUGACAUAAAUAUUUUAAGUCUCAAAAAUGACAAGAUCAAGAGCUAGCUAGAGUGUUGGAAGAAGAAUUAGGUUCCUGCAAAGAAAAUCAGAGAAAAAGAAAGCUAAAAGAAUACAAAAGGAAAAAGUAAAUGGAGCUAAAGAAAGAGAAAGGGAAACAAGAAAGGCAUAAAGCAACGAAGAAAAGCACAUCCUUCCAAACAAAGCUCUUGUAAGAUUAAUAUAUCAAAUCUAAUUUGAUUUGUAUGUAUGCCUUGCAAAGAGAGAAAUUAAUGGGCAUAAGAGACGGUUUUGAUGUCUCAAAGUGUGAUAUCUAUGUUAAUUGUAGUGGAGCUAGGAUUUUAAAUUUAUUAGAUGUUUUAUUGUAUUAGUACUUUCUCCCACCUUAAUUAAAAAGUAAAAAUUAUUAGCUUCACA